AUGGGACAUAACAGUAGCUUGAUAACCAUCGCCGGAGAAAAGCUAACUAUGCCACUCAUCAAACUUCUUCCCCCUCACCGCCACAGCCUCUCCCUUCUCACCCCUUCACACCGACCGCCGUCAUGUUUCUUAGUCCCUCCAGCCGAGCUGAAUCUCAAAACAAACACGUCGAAAAGAAGGUUCAGAACCAACCGAAGGCUGAGAUCAUAUUCUCCGGGUCCGGUUUCUGCCACAUCAGCACCGCUUGAUCUCACGGAGGAUAACAUCAAGCAGGUCUUAGACGAUGCUAGAACCGAGUUGGCGCAGCUUUUUGACGCGUCUGUUAACAUAACAGGAAAAGCAGAGCUUGUUGAGUUAGAUGGACCGUAUGUGAAGAUAAGCCUCACCGGCCGCUAUUGGCAUAAACGUUCUACGGUUCUGGCCAGACUUGGGAACUACUUGAAGCAGAGAAUACCAGAAAUCUUGGAGGUCGAUAUCGAGGAUGAGAAGCAAUUGGACGACAGCCCAGAAAACUUCUGA